AUGGCUCCCUGCGAUGUUCCCGUUGGUGUUAUCACCGGAGACGAUGUUCUCAAACUGUUGACCCAUGCUCGUGAAAACAAGUAUGCCAUUCCAGCUUUCAACUGUACCAGUUCUUCCACUUGCAACGCCGCCAUGCAAGCCGCCAAGGACAACAACUGCCCCGUCAUUCUGCAAUUCUCCAACGGUGGAGGCGCCUUUUUGGCCGGAAAGUCCGUCAAGGACCCCAACGCGGCUGCCGCUGGAUCCGUCGCCGGUGCCCUGCAUGUGCGGGCCGUCGCCAAGUACUAUGGCAUUCCCGUCAUUUUGCACACGGAUCACUGCGCCAAGAAGUUGCUGCCAUGGAUGGACGCCAUGUUGGAUGCGGAUGAAGCCUACUUUGCCCAAUACGGCGAGCCGCUCUUUUCGUCUCACAUGUUGGAUCUUUCCGAAGAACCGGAUGAAGAAAACAUUGCCAUUUGCAAGAAAUAUUUCGAACGCAUGGCCAAGAUGAAGAUUUGGAUGGAAAUGGAAAUUGGUAUCACUGGAGGAGAAGAAGACGGUGUCAACAACGAAGACGUUGACCCUGAAAAGCUAUACACUUCUCCUGAACAAGUCUACGCUGUCUACAAGGAACUUUCGACCAUCGGACCCAUGUUCUCCAUUGCCGCCGCCUUUGGAAACGUCCACGGUGUCUACAAGCCAGGAAAUGUCACUCUGCAACCCGCUCGCUUGGGUAAGCACCAAGAGUACACCAAGGAACAAAUCUCUUCCUCCGACGACAAGCCCAUUUACUUGGUCAUGCACGGAGGAUCUGGUUCCACCGACGAAGAAAUCGCCACCGCCGUCUCGUGCGGUGUCAUCAAGAUGAACGUCGAUACCGACACCCAAUGGGCCUACUGGGACGGUCUUCGCAAGUUCGAAGCCGAAAACCGCGACUUUCUCCAAGGACAAAUCGGUAACCCAAGUGGUCCCGAUAAGCCAAACAAGAAGUACUACGAUCCUCGUGUCUGGAUCCGCAAGGCCGAAGAGGGUAUGAUUGCCCGUUGCUCCAUUUCCAUGGACAAGUUGUUGUGCAAGGGUACCUUCCCCGCCAAGAUCCCAGAAGCUGGAUCUGUUCCCAUGUGGGACUUUUCUCCUUCUUCCAAGGGACCCAUGGCUGCCGUCAAGGAUAUUGGUGGACAAGUCGGAGGUAUGAUUUCUGGAUUCAUGGCACACAAGUAA